GCUGCUGCACACAGCGGAGCGCAGAGACUUUUCUACAUGCUCGAAAGAAAAAAUAUGCACCGGCAUGGAAAUGUUGGCGAGCGGAUUUAGAUCCACGGAUCGGACCAGCGAGCAGGUCUAAUCUCACUUGACCACUUUUUGUUUUUGCGCCUGUUGUGUCCAAGCAGCACCCAAAAAAGAAAAAAGAAAAGAGGGGGGCACGUAUAAAUUUACGCACUGGCCGCGCAGCAUGCCUGAGUUGGACUAGAGGCGACCCUGCUGGAGCGCAACACGCUGAGAGCCUGGAGGGAUAUUUACAAUAGAAACUCCAUUCCUUUUUCCAAGAAGAAGAAUAGCAGAGGGGCGGAGGAGUGAAAGAUAACACUGGAAUGAAGUGGAGCUCAGGAUUCCCAGCGUGCUGCGGAGUUGUGACUGAUGGAUGAAUGUGGUCAUCUGUAGGCUAUAUACAGCGACAGGUACAGACACCAUCAGGGGAGCUUUGACAAAAAGGAACGGCGCAGCGCAUGAUCGACAGCUGCAUCGCCCCUAAAAACUGUGCGAUCGGUUAGAUCUGUGUCAUCAUCACACAUCGAAUCGUAUCGCUGAGUUAUAUCUCUAUAUAGAUUUUUUUUAAAAGGUCGUGAAGAGGCUGUUUUCGUCUCAGCCACAGGUCAACCAGGACACUCGGGGCUGCUUUUUCACCCCCUUCAGAUCCUAUUAAGAAACCGAGAGGCUUCUUCUCACGUCCUGUGGACAGUUCAGUCAAGGACACAGGGGUCUGAAGCAGAUUUUUUAAGAAAAAGGACAGAAGGACAUGUAUCUGAUAUCGACCUCACAUGCUCCCGACUGAUCGACGCUCACCUUCCCACCGGGCGAACCACAGAUAUUGGCUGCCAGGCGCACUGUCCGACGCUCUGAGUUAUCGACUCACUGUCUGUACGUUUAUCAGAAUGGCGGGACUCGGUUGUUGGAAGUAUUACCUCUGGAUCUUUAUUUUAAUGUGCAGGUCGGCGUUACCCUCAGCGAAAUCGUUGGAGACUAUAAUUUGGAGCUCGCAGAAUUCCAAGUUUGUGGCUGGAAAGGGCCUGGUGAUCUACCCAGACAUUGGGGACAAAUUGGACAUCAUCUGUCCCAAAGCAGACCAAGGCAGAGAGUAUGAGUUCUACAAGCUGUACCUGGUGAAGAGGGAGCAGGCGGAGAGCUGCAGUACUGUCCUCGAUCCAAAUGUCCUGGUCAACUGUAACAAGCCGGAGAAGGACAUCAAGUUCACCAUCAAAUUCCAGGAGUUCAGCCCCAACUACAUGGGCCUGGAGUUCAAGAAGAAUGUCAAUUACUACAUCACCUCAACGUCCAACGGCACAGUAGAGGGCCUGGAGAACCGGGAGGGAGGUGUGUGCAAGAGCCGAGCCAUGAAAGUCAUCAUGAGAGUCGGGCAAGUCCCAAACGCAGUGAACCCCGAGGUUCCAGAAGACAACACCAUACCGGAGUCCAGUCCCAGCCCGCCUGACCAGGGUCACAAUCUACCCGACAUGCCAGGAAACACUGACCACAUGAAUCAAGACCAGUCUGGUUCCUCUGCAAACUCAGACGGCAUCCUUGGCUCCAAAGUGGCUGUGUUCUCCGCCAUCGGGGCCGGCUGCAUCAUCUUCCUCCUGCUCAUCCUCCUCCUCGUCAUUCUGCUCAUCAAGAUGCGCAAGCGCUCCAGGAAAAACGCCCACUCGCAGCCACGCCCUUCCGCGCUGUCUCUCAGCACGCUGUCCAAUCCCAAGCUGCCAGCGGGCACGGCCGGCACGGAGCCAAGUGAUAUCAUCAUUCCGCUGCGGACAGAGAACAACUACUGCCCUCACUAUGAGAAGGUGAGCGGCGACUAUGGCCACCCCGUCUACAUUGUCCAGGAGAUGCCCCCGCAGAGCCCUGCCAACAUCUACUACAAAGUCUGAAACUCUCCGCGCAGCCAGCGACAGAGCCAGGAGAGAGAAUGAGAGGAGCGCUUGAUUUAUGUUCUCGGAAAGAACACUUUCCUUUGCAUUUUGGGGACUUGAUGGUUCCUUCAAGCCCCUGUUAUUUCUACCACCUGCUGCACAAAUCUGGAGAGACACGCACUGACCAGUAAUCAGCGGGCUUUCAAGCUGACUGAUGAGAAAAGUUUAUUCUGUUUGUUUGGGUUGUCUGACAAUCCCCCCCC